GAAGGCAACAGUGAGUCAACGUGCGGUGGUGUUUCUCUCUCCGCCCAGACCUGACGGUCACUGACGGCAAACCAGCAACAGACCAACACACACACACAGAGAGAGACAUAGAGAUACGGGAACACACAUACACGAAGGAGCAAACCAGCUAACAUGAAGGACAUUAGCCUGGCCCGAAUUGUAGUUAUUAUCUUGUGUACGGUGGUUUUUAUUGCCGUUUUAAUAGUUAACGCUUUGGCCGGAACGGGCAGAGGUCCCUUCCAUUCCUCCACAGGUAAUGUGUCAGCCCGCUAUGAGACAGGCAUCACUCCAGCUGGCUGGACCUUCUCCAUCUGGGGGGUCAUCUAUACCUGGCUCACCCUGAUGGUCAUAUACCUCACAUCAUUUGUAUUCAGAGGAUCCUGGGCUCAGUGUCUGCUGCCAUACACCUUCUAUUUUUGCUGGCUGGCCAACAUGGUGAUGAACAUGAUAUGGUUGCUGCUGUGGGACAGAGAGUUGAUGCUGGCGGCUCUGGUUGUGUUAAUCCUGAUAGCGAUUUCCAACUACGCUGCUCUGUUCUUCUGUUGCUUUGCCACAGAUUACUAUGGCCUCUGGUUAAAGACAUACCAUCGCAGAGACCUGGCCUGUCUCAGAAUACUGGUCCAGAAUGGUUUGGCUCUCUACACCACAUGGACUUCCAUCGCUUCUCUGAUCAACUUUUCUCUGGUUCUCCACCUGUGGGGUGUGGACAGGAGCACGGCAGCAACAGCUUCUCUGUGCAUCCUGUUUGCAGAGGUGGUGGCAUGGUUCCUCCUUGAGAACUGGGUGCUGGACCGGUGGGUGCGGUACAUCCUGACGGUGUACCCUGUGGUGAUCGUGGCUCUGGUUGGAAACGUCCUCAAACAUUUCAACCCCGCUGAUCCCACUCCGAAUUCAGUGUUCAUGAUCGUACUGCUGGUGUUAGCGUGCGUCCUGCUGGUUUCCCGCAUCUGUACCGUCAUCUGGAGACACUACAGGCGGCCUCUCAACUCCCCAGGCUCAGCACGGCUGAUGGUUUCACCCCUCGAUGGCAGAAAAUUCAUGAUCUUUACUUAACAACAACGGGAACUUGUACAGUACCUCCUGUCCCACUGCAGCCUUUAACCUGUCAACGCUCCAUGAGGUUUUACACUCGUGUUUACAGGUGUUUAACUAGUGAUGGACCUGCAAAGACAACAUGGAUAAGAACUGUAUAUCUUUCAGUAGACUGACUGAAAAAGAAAGAAAGUGAGAGUCUGUAAUGGGAAGGCAGGAAAAUCUCUCCUCUCCUCUCUUCCUGUUUCCUCUCUUCUCCCCUCCUCUCCUCUCCUCUCCUCUCCUCCUGUUUCCUCUCUUCUCCCCUCCUCUCCUCUCCUCUCCUCCUGUUUCCUCUCCUCUCCUCUCUUCUCCUCUCCUCUCCAACUGUAAUGAAGGCAAUGCAGCACUUUCUUUGAAAUACUAACAAACUCCUGCGACUGUUUACCACUACUAAACCAUCAAUCAUGUCUAUAUGUUAAGCACUUUUUAUACAAUGCAUGCAUGUUUUGUAUUGCUAUUUUAAGGCGGUUUUAUUGUUGCAUUUAUGGCUUUUUUAAUCCGUUCAGUGACAAUAGACUAUAUACUGUCAAUAUAUGUUGGCUUUUGUACAAUAUAAUUUGAAUAAAAUACUUAAGAGCUUUGGCGA